AUGCGCGAUUUUUGGUGCGGGUGGACAUUCCGUGAACGAUCGUGGCCGGUGAUUACGUUUUCCUGCGUCUACAGUAUCGAAGGAGUUGGCCUGCUGACCGAUAUAGUCAUCUGUCCGGCAAGAGUUCCGCAACGGGGUGUGGUGCACCUCAUUGAAGCCGUCCGCUUCUGGGAUUUUGAUAAUGCUGAAGACGAUGAGCAUCACCAGGUCAUCAGGCCCGAAAAAUGCUUGGAGCACCUCGCGAGGAGGCUUCAACGCAACCACAAUGGGUUCAUGGAACGUGUGGAUGGGAUCGAGGCGGAAAGAAUGAAGGAAUGGGUCGAUAAUGCCCUCGAGGACUCCCAGCGACCAACGGCACUGCAAUUCUUCCAAAUAUGUGUAUAUGGAAAAUCGUUCCACGUUGCCUCCGUAUGGCAACCGUCCGAUGGAAUCCGCCUUCACGCCCAGUUGCUGAUAUACAUUUUUGACAAU